GGGCGGAGGGGCCAGAGCUGUGCGCGGUGCCGACUGCGCCGCCGAGACAGCCCGCGGGAACCCGGACCCCGAGGAGCCCCUCGUCCUCGCCCGGCCUGGCCCGGCCCUGCGCUAUGGAGUUUCUCUGGGCCCCGCUCUUGGGCCUGUGCUGCAGUCUGGCCGCUGCUGAUCGCCACACCGUCUUCUGGAACAGUUCAAACCCCAAGUUCCGGAAUGAGGACUACACGGUACACGUCCGGCUCAACGACUACCUGGACAUCAUCUGCCCGCAUUACGAGGAUGACACCGUGGCCGACGCUGCCAUGGAGCGGUACACCCUGUACCUGGUGGAGCAUGAGCAGUACCAGCUGUGCCAACCCCAGUCCAAGGACCAGGUCCGCUGGCAGUGCAACCAGCCAAGCGCCAGACACGGCCCGGAGAAGCUGUCCGAGAAGUUCCAGCGCUUCACGCCCUUCACUCUCGGCAAGGAGUUCAAAGAGGGACACAGCUACUACUAUAUCUCCAAACCCAUCCACCAGCAGGAAGACCAGUGCUUGAGGCUGAAGGUGACUGUCAGUGGCAAAAUCACCCACAGCCCUCAGGCCCACGCCAAUCCACAGGAGAAGAGACUUCCGGCAGAUGACCCAGAGGUACGGGUCCUACACAGCAUCGGGCACAGUGCUGCCCCCCGCCUCUUCCCACUUGCCUGGGCCGUGCUGCUUCUGCCACUCCUGCUGCUGCAAACCCCGUGAAGGCACAGGCGGCACCUGGCCUAAGGACAUAGAACUGGGCUGCGGAGGCAGGGCAGGCACCUAGUCUGUCCUGGGACCCCUCCCCCAGCCCCAGGCCUCCUGGGAAGCAUUCCCACCACAUCCACAAGCUGCCACCCAACAGCCUCAAAACGGGUAUUCAACCCAAAGGAGGCCGGCAAGCCUGGCAGGGCCGUCCCUCCCUCCACCUUGAGGGACGGACAGAGGAGUGGGGACAGCCCUUUCCCCACCGUUUCUGCCCUGAAGCCAAAGAAACAGGCUGUGCCGCACGUGGCCUCCUAAGAAGGGCCCUGUGGGGGCCAAGCUGGAAGGAGUCUGGGAUCAUGCAGCUGGACACUGAGCUCGGCAAAGAUGCCCCUCCAGAGAGAGCCAGGGUGCCCAGAGGCGCCAGUGCGGGAAGAGCAUGAGGCAGUUUCGUGCCUGGCAGCCAGAGGCGGGAGAGGCAGCGUGCUUGGGCUGAUCCUGCAUCUCCCCCAAGACUUCCGGAAGUCUUUGGAGCUGCGGAGGAGAGGGCUGCAGCCGGGCAUUGCGUCCUCUCCCAUCUGAGGGCAGCACUCCGCGGAGCUGUGCCAGCAGGGGGGCUGUGCCAACCUGUAUCUAGAGUUUAGGUGUAGGGGCAGGGCCCACAUGGACAGGAUCUGUAUAUAAACUUGAUGUGUGUCUGUGUUGAUUUCUACAACUGGACAUUUUUUUAUACAAAAAAUAAAGCGACGUGUUUAUUUGGA